AUCAACUUGAGGUGUUGGGUUCAGUUCUCCGAGCGUAAGGCGUCUUCACAGGAUUUUCUGUCUCGACUUCUCGUGCUAGGAACGAAAGAUGUUUCGUGGUAUCAUCAAAUACGUAGCUUUCUUUGGAGUUCUCGUUGGAAUAGCUAUCGUAACAAGAGUUCUAGAACAAGUUGUUGAAAAUGCAAGCCCCAAAGGUUUUAAAACCAAUGACGGGGGCCAACUGGUGAGUUUAAGUCCAACAAAUACAGAUAUACCAUCUUCGCCUGUUGCAAAUACUGCUCAGACACAAUUAAAAAAAACUGUUGAUCAGUCUAAAACUGGAGAAAAGAAAGCUGUUAAGGCAUCACCUCCGAAGACAAUCGUUUACGCCGUAACACCAACGUACGCACGUUUCCUUCAAAAAGCUGAGCUGACUCGCUUGUCACAAACUUUAAAACACGUCAAAGAUUUUCAUUGGAUAAUUGUAGAGGAUUCGCACGAAAAGACUCCUCUCGUCACAAGGUUUUUGGCUAGAUCUGGUCUUAACUACACUCAUCUAAAUAUACGAACCCCGGUGGAGUUGCGGCCAUUGAAAAAUAAACCGCGAUGGACUAAGGCAAGAGGAGUGGAACAGAGGAACAUAGCAAUUAAAUGGUUACGCGAUAACGUGAACAUCAAUAAAACAAACGCUGUGGUUUACUUCGCUGAUGAUGACAACACUUACGACAUCCGGCUAUUUGAGGAGAUGCGGAAUAUCAAGAAAAUUGGAGUAUGGCCUGUAGCAUUCACUGGAGCCGCAAGAUACGCAGGUCCCCUAUGUAAAAACGGUCGCGUUGUCGGUUUUUACACGAACUGGAGACCAACUAGAACUUUUCCACUUGACAUGGCAGCUUUUGCCAUUAACGUAAAAAGACUGAUUGUGGAUAAACCAAAAGCUCAUUUUGAUGCUGACGCUAAACCGGGAGACCUGGAAAACUCUUUCUUGGAACAGGUGGGAACCAGGGAAGAUUUGGAACCAAGAGCCUCAAAUUGUUCAAAGGUGUACGUGUGGCACACAAGAACGGAAACGCCAAUAAAGAAUAUCAAUGGCGAAAAACUGCUCAUCUCCAAGGGAAAACCUUCCAACCCAGACGUGGAAACAUAGCAAAGCUGCAUCCAGUUAUUAAGAUUAUUGAACUGAUUAAUGAAACUAAUUUGACGAGGAGUUCUUCAAAUCUCCGAUUCAAACAUGCAGCGUCAAUGUGGCGCGCAAAGUGCCUUGGCAUUACAAAUAGAUGGGAAAAAAACAUGGGUUACGUCAGUUUUCCCUCUCUGUUUUGACCAGUUUUAAGUUACAACGAGAGCCAAAAAUGGGGCGAAACAGAAGUUAUUCGCGGAAUAGGAAAGAAAUCCACACCAAAUAGAUCAAAAUACGUCUGUGUUGUCGUUUUCCACAAAGUAGCUUGUUAUUUCCAAUAUUUGGAAUCGUAAAAGCCAAAACACUUAGGAAUUAUCUUUGUAUUUCACUUGAAUUUAUAGCGUGUACCUUAUGUUUACUACGAUCUCAGAAAUAGAUUUGCAUAGAACUGCAAAAAAAAUUUCUUUCUGCUUAAAACAUAAAAAUCGAGUCGCAGAACGGAAAAAUUUUUAAAGAGCCAGCGUUAUUUUUUUAGAUGAAAUUUCGUGAGACACAAUGGAUAUCAGAAAACUUGUAUUUAGUGCUCCACACAAUAUCAAGUGAAAGCAUCAUUUACUUACAUAUGAAAGGCAAAGCACAUUCCAGAAACCAUAAAAUUUCUAUCUCCGCCAUUUAAAUGCAAAACUGAUCGAAAAGUCCUAAAUCAGCCCAGAAAAUUUACAAUAUGAAAGAUGAAACAAAAUAAAAGCAAGGUAACACUGUUUAUUCAAAAGCAAUUAUAACAUAACCAAAGGAAA